AUGGUUUCCACUGAAUUCAACGAAAAGGCUGAUGCCGUCAAGAACUUGACCCAACGUCCAUCCGACGACGAAUUGUUGAAGUUGUACGGUUUGUUCAAGCAAGCCACCACCGGUGACAACACCACCGCCCAGCCAGGUGUCUUCAACCUCAAGGGCAAGUACAAGUGGCAAGCCUGGAAGGAGCUCGAGGGCACCUCCCAAGAAGACGCCGAGAAGCAAUACAUUGCCUUCGCCGAUGAAUUGUUGGCCAAGUACCAAUAA